AUGUAUCGGUUAUUGAAUAAAAGUAACAUACCUAAAUUAUGUAAUUUUACGAGAUUCUAUAAUAUACAAAAUACUCUAAUAAAUCGAAACAAAAUAAUAUUCAACCAAUGUAACGGAAUAUUUAAUCAAACCAACUCAAUACACAGAAUAAAAUGUAACAUAGAUUUUAACACUAAUUUGUUGAAAACUAACAAUGUAAACACUAAUAUCAAUAUGUUCUCAAUCAAGAAUACAAAACCUUACACAACUACCAACUCUAGAUUAAAUGAAUCAAAGAAUAAUAGUACUGUUGCCAAUAAUUUGGCGAAAGGACCAUCGGUUACUGGAAAUCAGCUAAAUAGAUUUUCUAAUUAUCAGAAUGGAAUUAAUAAUGGAAAUGUAGAUUAUAAAUUAGGUUAUAACAACUUAAACCUGAAUAAUGGAGGAAAGGGGUCCGGUCCGGAGCAAGUUCUGGAAGGAGAUUCUGUAACUAGUGGUGGUAAGAAGAAGAGGUUCCAAAAAUUCAGACAAUAUAUGAGUAAAAGUAAGCGUAUGAAUAAGUUAAAGCUAUAUCUGAGUAACAGUAAAAGCGUGAAUAAACUAAGGUUAUACCUAAACAAUAGUAAACGCCUGAAUAAACUAAAGUUAUACCUAAGCAACAGUAGACGUUUGGAGAAGCUAAGAGUUUAUAUACUUAACAAUAGGCAAAAGUUAAAAGGAUUAACAAAUAGUGUCAAAAGGCGUGAAAAACUCAGGUUGAUGAGGUCCAAGUUCAAGGAAAAAUCUCUGGCGUUCAGACUAGGAGCUAUGUUGACCCUGAAACGUUACGGGAAAAUUGGAGCCAUAAUUUACUUCGGUGUUUAUGGAGUUACCUUGGUUGGGAUGAAUGCAAUUGUUUUUAUGAACUACUUAACGAGCGAAGAUGUUAGGAGGGCUCUUAAUUACUUGAAUAUUACCUCAGUUAAGGUCCCAGAUGUGGACAGUCCAUUCGCUAAGUUCACCGUCGCGUAUAUCGCAACAAAAAUUGUCGAACCUCUUAGGCUAGUAGUGUCGAUUCUACUAACUGUCACAUUCACAAAAUUGUUUAGAAAAUAAUGUAACAUAAUGUAGUCCUUUUAUUUA